UUUUCUGCAAUGAUAUUUGGGACUAUUACAAAUCAAGAUCUGCCUGUGAUCAAGUGUGUUUUAAUCAAUCAUAAGAACAAUGAUUCAUCAGUGGGGAAGUCAUCAUCAUAUCCCAUGGUGUCAGAAUCCCCAGAAGACCUCGGGUGUGCAUUGAGACCCCAGAGCGCAGGGACAGUGUACGAAGCCGCCACGGUGGAAGUGGAUGUAUCUGCUUCCAUCACAUUGCAAGUGCUGGUCGACACCCCAGGGAACAUUUCCUGUCUCUGGGUCUUUAAGCACAGCUCCCUGAAUUGUCAGCCACAUUUUGAUGUACAAAAUAGAGGAGUUGUUUCCAUGGUCAUUUUGAAAAUGACAGAAACCCAAGCUGGAGAAUACCUACUUUUUAUUCAGAGUGAAGCUACCAAUUACACAAUAUUGUUUACAGUGAGUAUAAGAAAUACCCUGCUUUACACAUUAAGAAGACCUUACUUUAGAAAAAUGGAAAACCAGGACGCCCUGGUCUGCAUAUCUGAGAGCGUUCCAGAGCCGAUCGUGGAAUGGGUGCUUUGCGAGUCACAGGGGGAAAGUUGUAAAGAAGAAAGUCCAGCAGUUGUUAAAAAGGAGGAGAAAGUGCUUCAUGAAUUAUUUGGGACGGACAUAAGGUGCUGUGCCAGAAAUGAACUGGGCAGGGAAUGCACCAGGCUGUUCACAAUAGAUCUAAAUCAAACUCCUCAGACCACAUUGCCACAAUUAUUUCUUAAAGUGGGGGAACCCUUAUGGAUAAGGUGCAAAGCUGUUCAUGUGAACCAUGGAUUCGGGCUCACCUGGGAAUUAGAAAACAAAGCACUCGAGGAGGGCAGCUACUUUGAGAUGAGUACCUAUUCAACAAACAGAACUAUGAUACGGAUUCUGUUUGCUUUUGUAUCAUCAGUGGCAAGAAACGACACGGGAUACUACACUUGUUCCUCUUCAAAGCAUCCCAGUCAAUCUGCUUUGGUGACCAUCGUAGAAAAGGGAUUUAUAAAUGCUACCAAUUCAAGUGAAGAUUAUGAAAUUGACCAAUAUGAAGAGUUUUGUUUUUCCGUCAGGUUUAAAGCCUACCCACAAAUCAGAUGUACAUGGACCUUCUCUCGAAAAUCAUUUCCUUGUGAGCAAAAGGGUCUCGAUGACGGAUACAGCGUAUCCAAGUUUUGCAAUCAUAAGCACCAGCCAGGAGAAUAUAUAUUCCAUGCAGAAAAUGGUGAUGCCCAAUUUACCAAAAUGUUCACGCUGAAUAUAAGAAGGAAACCUCAAGUGCUCGCGGAAGCAUCAGCGAGUCAGGCGUCCUGUUCCUCGGAUGGAUACCCAUUACCAUCUUGGACCUGGAAGAAGUGUUCAGACAAGUCUCCCAACUGCACAGAAGAGAUCCCAGAAGGAGUCUGGAAUAGAAAGGCUAACAGGAAAGUGUUUGGACAGUGGGUGUCCAGCAGUACUCUAAACAUGAGUGAAGCCAUAAAAGGGUUCCUGGUCAAGUGCUGUGCAUACAAUUCCCUUGGCACAUCUUGUGAGACGAUCCUUUUAAACUCUGCAGGCCCCUUCCCUUUCAUCCAAGACAGCAUCUCAUUCUAUGCAACAAUUGGUGUUUGUCUCCUCUUCAUUGUCGUUUUAACCAUGCUGAUUUGUCACAAGUACAAAAAGCAAUUUAGGUAUGAAAGCCAGCUACAGAUGGUACAGGUGACCGGCUCCUCAGAUAAUGAGUACUUCUACGUUGAUUUCAGAGACUAUGACUAUGAUCUCAAAUGGGAGUUUCCAAGAGAAAAUUUAGAGUUUGGGAAGGUGCUAGGAUCAGGGGCUUUUGGAAAAGUGAUGAACGCAACAGCUUAUGGAAUUAGCAAAACAGGAGUCUCAAUCCAGGUUGCGGUCAAAAUGCUGAAAGAAAAAGCAGACAGCUCUGAAAGAGAGGCACUCAUGUCAGAACUCAAGAUGAUGACCCAGCUGGGAAGCCACGAGAAUAUUGUGAACCUGCUGGGGGCGUGCACGCUGUCAGGACCAAUUUACUUGAUUUUUGAAUAUUGUUGCUAUGGUGAUCUUCUCAACUAUCUAAGAAGUAAAAGAGAAAAAUUUCACAGGACUUGGACAGAGAUUUUCAAGGAACACAAUUUCAGUUUUUACCCCACUUUCCAAUCACAUCCAAAUUCCAGCAUGCCUGGUUCAAGAGACGUUCAGAUACACCCGGACUCGGAUCCAAUCUCAGGGCUUCAUGGGAAUUCAUUUCACUCUGAAGAUGAAAUUGAAUAUGAAAACCAAAAAAGGCUGGAAGAAGAGGAGGACUUGAAUGUGCUUACAUUUGAAGAUCUUCUUUGCUUUGCAUAUCAAGUUGCCAAAGGAAUGGAAUUUCUGGAAUUUAAGUCGGCCCGUCUGCCUGUAAAAUGGAUGGCCCCUGAAAGCCUGUUUGAAGGGAUCUACACCAUUAAGAGUGAUGUCUGGUCAUACGGAAUAUUACUGUGGGAAAUCUUCUCACUUGGUGUGAAUCCUUACCCUGGCAUUCCGGUUGAUGCUAACUUCUACAAACUGAUUCGAAAUGGAUUUAAAAUGGAUCAGCCAUUUUAUGCUACAGAAGAAAUAUACAUUAUAAUGCAAUCCUGCUGGGCUUUUGACUCAAGGAAGCGGCCAUCCUUCCCUCAUUUGACUUCAUUUUUAGGAUGUCAGCUGGCGGAUGCGGAAGAAGCGAUGUAUCAGAAUGUGGAUGGCCGUGUUUCGGAACGUCCUCACAUCUACCAAAACAGGCGACCUUUCAGCAGAGAGAUGGAUUCAGGGCCACUCUCUCCACAGGCUCAGGUCGAAGAUUCAUAGAGGAACAAUUUAGUUUUGAGGACUUCAUCCCUCCACCUAUCCCUAACAGGCUGUAGAUUACCAAAACAAGAUUAAUUUCGUCACUAAAAAAAAUCUAUUAUCAACUGCUGCUUCGCCGGACUUUUCUCUAGAAGCUGUCUGCAUUUACUCUUGUUUUCAAAGGGACUUUUGUAAAAUCAAAUCAUCCUGUCACAAGGCAGAAGGAGCUGAUAAUGAACUUUAUUGGAGCAUCAACCUGCAUCCAAGGCCUUCUCAGGCUGGCUUGAGUGAAUUGUGUACCUGAAGUACAGUAUAUUCUUGUAAAUAUACAUAAAACAAAAGCAUUUUGCUAAGGAGAAGCUAAUAUGAUUUUUUAAAUCUAUGUUUUAAAAUAAUAUGUAACUUUUUCAGCUAUUUAGUGAUAUAUUUUAUGGAUGGGAAUAAAAUUUCUACUACAGAA